UGCUCCAGUUCCAGCCGGUGCGCGCCUGAGCCCGGCUGCGGCUGCCCUGGGGAGCGGAGCCGCCGAGCGGGGCGGAGGAAGGUGGAAACCCCCCCGCUGGAGCCGGAGCCGGAGCGCGGCUGUCUGCGGCUGAGCAGCCCUGGCCGCUUUGCCAUCUGCCAGCCAAGCCUUUCUCCGCCCGCGGCCCGUCCGCGGGGCACCAGGACAAUGCCUGGAGGGGCCUCGGCUCAGGUGCCGGUGACGUUCGAUGAUGUCGCCAUCUAUUUCUCCCGGGAGGAGUGGGAGAUGCUGGCGGAGUGGCAGAAGGAGCUGUACCAGGAGGUGAUGAGGGAGAAUUAUGCAAAUCUGAUUUCUCUGGCAGGGGACUGGCCCAGGCAGAGAAGCAAGAAGAAAAAUGAGGAGGAAUGUGCUGAAAAGUUGGAAGCCCCUGAGCUUCCGACUGGAAUCGGCUUGGCCAAAGGCUCAGAGAAGGCAAAGAUCUGCAGCACUCGGAUCGCCUGCGUCCCAGAGCCAAGCAGCGAGGAAGGCGGCUGGCUGGGGCAGCUUGUUGAAGGUGGAAGAGGGAACAGCCACUGCAUGCGGCCCAGUGGGAAUCAGGGACCCAAGAAAAGGGCGAGACCACACAAGUGCGAUGAGUGCUGGAAAAGCUUCACCUGGAGAUCGGAGCUGGUUCAGCACCUCAGGACUCACACCGGGGAGCGGCCGUAUAAGUGUGCUGAGUGCGGGAAGGGCUUCAGUCAGCACGUCAACCUGACCAUCCACCAGCGUAUCCACAGCGGCGAGCGGCCCUACCGGUGCAGUGAGUGUGGGAGGGGCUUUACCCAGCAUAUCAACCUGACCCUCCAUCAGAGAAUCCACACUGGGGAGCGCCCGUACCAGUGCUGUGAGUGCGGGAAAAACUUCAUCCGCAAAUCCAACCUGGCCAAGCACCAGAAGAUCCACACGGGCGAGAAGCCCUUCCAGUGCGCCCAGUGUGGGAAGAGCUUCGUGCACAAGUCCGGCCUGGUGUCGCACCACAGGACCCACACAGGGGAGCGGCCGCACCAGUGCGAGGCGUGUGGGAAACGCUUCGGCCACAAGUCGGGCCUGCUCUCGCACCGGAAGACCCACACGGGCGAGCGGCCCCACCAAUGUGCCCAGUGCGGGAAGAGGUUCCGGCAUAAGUCAGGCGUGGCCUCACACCAGAGCACCCACACGGGCGAGCGGCCUCACCAAUGCUCCCAGUGCGGCAAGCGGUUCUCCCGCACCUAUGAGCUCGUCUCCCACCAGCGCCUGCACACGGGGGAGCGGCCCUACCCAUGCGCCGACUGUGACAAGAGCUUUGUGCGCAAAUCUAACCUGGUGAAGCACCAGCGUGCGCACACGGGGGAACGGCCGUACCAGUGCGGCCAGUGCGAGAGGAGCUUCUCCCAGAGGUAUGAGCUGGUGGCUCACCAGAUCACCCACACUGGGGAGAGCCCCUAUACCUGUGCCCAAUGCGGGAAGAUCUUCAGCCAGAAGUCAAACCUCGUGAAGCACGAGCGCAUCCACACCGGCGAGAGUCCCUUCCCCUGCACCCAGUGCGGGAAGAGCUUCAGCCAGCGCGCCAACCUGGUGAAACACCAGCGGAUCCACACCGGGGAGCGGCCAUUCCAGUGCGCCCACUGCGGGAAGAGCUUCAGCCAGAAGUGCGAGCUCGUGUCGCACGAGCGGAUCCACACUGGGGAGCGGCCAUUCCAGUGCACCCACUGCGGGAAGAGCUUCAGCCAGAAGACGAGUCUGAUCGCUCACCAGAGGAUCCACAUGGGUGAGAAGCUGCUGAAAUGUACGGAGUGUGGGAAAAGCUUCACCAGGAGGCAGAAUCUGAGCACGCACAAGAGAAUCCACACUGGAGAGAGACCUUACGAGUGCAGCGAAUGUGGGAAGAGGUUCAGCCGCAUGCAGCACCUCGUGUCACACCAGCGAAUCCACACAGGAGAGCGACCGUACGAGUGCACCGAGUGCGGGAAGAGCUUCAGCCAGAAGUCCAACCUUCUCACGCACCAGACCAUCCACACGGGGGAGAGGCCCUUUAAAUGCACGGAAUGUGGGAAAAGGUUCAGCCAGAGAGUCUACCUGACCCAGCACCAGAAAACCCACACAGGAGAGAAGCCGCAUAAAUGCAUGGAGUGCGGGAAGAGUUUCAUCCAGAGGAAGGUGCUCCUGACGCACCAGAAAAGUCAUGCCGGGGAGGGAGGGCUGUACCUAUGUGCCGACUGUGGGAAAUGCUUCACCACACGGCCAGGACUGAGGUAUCACCAGAGAAUCCACACCGGGGAGCGGCCGUACCCCUGUGCCCUGUGCGGGAAAGGUUUCGCCACCAAUUCCCGCCUGAAAUAUCAUCAGCGGAUCCAUUCGGGAGAGAGGCCUUAUCAGUGCAGCGACUGUGACAAACGCUUCCGGCACAAGUCGGCUCUGGCCUCCCACCAGGGCAUCCACACCGGCGAGAGGCCUUACAAAUGCACCGAGUGCGGGAGCAGCUUCCGCCGCCGGAACGGGCUUGUCAAGCACCAGAGGAUCCACACAGGGGAGCGACCCUACCCAUGCGCGGAGUGCGGGAAGAGCUUCAGCACGAGGAGCACACUCACCGAUCAUCAGAGGACCCACACCGGGGAGAGACCCUACAACUGCAGCCACUGCGGGAAAAGCUUCAACCGGGUCUCGCAGCGCCGGAAACACCAGAGAAUCCACACGAAAAAGCGACCGGAAUGUGCCGAGUGUGGGAAAAGUUUCCGGAGUGAGAAGGAGCUCGCCACGCACCAGAGGGUCCACACUGGAGAGAAGCCAUACCAGUGUCCCCAGUGCCAGAGGCUCUACCAUCGGAAGAACGAACUGGCCAAGCACCUGAAAAGCCAUGUGGGGAUGAAGCCAUAACCUCGGGCUUAUGGAAGGUGGGUGUGGACAGACCCACACCAGACACGUACCAGCCCUCCAGGCCCAGCACUGCUCCAUUCCAGGAGUGUCUCGAGGAGACGUAUCUGUGAGGUUAGGAAUGUGGGGAGGGAGAGGGAGUGGUCUUGCGAGGGCAGGGUGUGGUCAGGGAAGUAUCUCCCUACUGCUGUCCCUGUUCAGGGCCUGAGCCGGGAUUCCAAGGGGCAGGCGGGGCUGGAAAACCCUCUUUCACCAGACCCACAGAGCAAGGCAGUCCGGGAAUUGUAGGCUCCAGAGAGGCCAGGACUGUAAUAGGCCUGUUGAGAAAGGGCUGGGUUGGGGUAUAUAAGAAUCUACCUUCCCUCAAAUGCAGGAGAGACUCAGAGGGAGCCAGGAGGGGUCUCUGAGAAGAAGGGGCAGCUUAUCUAUCGUUUGGUUUGGUUUGCUCAUUUUACAGAGACAGAACUUUUGAUUUAGGGGUUGUCUACACACAAGUUUACACCAAUUUAGGUAAGUCAGAACAAACCCCUGUGUGGACACUCUUACUUCAGUUUAUUUGAGCAUAGAUUAAAUCUGUUCCUGGCCAAUUUAACAUAAAUGAAGUAAACCUGGUUUAAAGAGAGAGAAAAGUGUUCACAUGGUUUUUUAGACCUUUUAAUUAAAGAGGAUCAAUAUCAGACCCUCUGUCAAACUGGUGCAACUGAGCAUGUAAAUGUUUGGGAUUUGAAAUGACUGUGGGACAUCCCCUACCUCAAGGGGGACUGUCCUAAUUCCAGAAAGAUCGGGGAAUGAAAAGCCCUGAACCGCAGAUUGGGGUAAGGGAAAGGUGUUUUGUUUUAGAGGGGACCAUGGCCAUGGCUCCUUGUUUGGUUUAGCGGGGUAACUGUAUGAUAGCAGUGCCCCAGCUCUGGCCUCCUGUGGCUCUGCUAAAGUUAAGGCGGAGAACUCCUUUCUCUUUAAAUGUUGGCUCUUCUGAGUGCUGUAACUUGAAUUGCUUGGAAAGAUACAUACGCAACCAGGUGGGGAAAGUUUCCCUCCGAAGUCAAAUCUUGCACAGCCCCUGAAAAUUCCCACAAGAAAUGGCUGCUUUGUAAUAAACAUGCUCUGCUUCAACCACAAAAUACAGGCUUGGUGCAGGAAUUACGGGGUGGGGUUCUGUGGCCUGGCUGUGCAGGAGGCCAGACUAGAUGAUCACAAGGGUCCCUUGUGGCCUUAAAAUCCACGACUAUACCUUUAGCUGUGUGGUUUGUGCAGAAGGAGGAGAACCCUGAGUAACUGUCUGUACCACACAGACCCCUGCAAUAGCCACAGUGCCAGGCCUUGCAGUGGGUGGGACAGGCAGCCUCCACCUGCCAAACCUCAUAUAGCAGGGCUACCGAAUCAAGGCCUAAUACUGCACUGGAUGCAAAGUCAGAGUGUCAGGCUAGGGAGCUCCCCAGAUUGCAGGUAGAAGCCAGGGAUGCUGAAUAUCAGUAACUGAAUGUGUCAGCAGCUGGAACGGAGAGUGGGGAGGAAAAAUCAAACCGCAGAGCACAAUGGGGUUGGCAAUUGCAGCUGUUGAGAACCUGCUCUCGGAACAAGCUGUGUGCUAAGCAGUUGCAUGGAAAACAGCCCGUCUGUAAUAUUCAGCUGGCUGGGGUCCUAGGGAUGCUCUGGUCUCUGGCUGUAAAACAAAAUGUCCUAGAGCGAAAUGGGAGAGCUACAGAGACAAAGAGUUGCUCCCAGCAACAGCUCAGGGGAAGUGAGAUCAGACCACCGACGUGAAUAAGAACGGACACACUGAGUCAGACCAAAGUAUCCAUCUAGCCCAGUAUCCUGUCUUCUGACAGUGGCCAGUGUCAGGUGCCCCAGAGGGAAUGAACAGAACAGAUAAUCACCAAGUGAUCCAUUCCUUGUUGCCCAUUCCCAGCUUCUGGCAAACAGAGGCUAGGGACACCAUCUCUGCCCAUCCUGGCUAAUAGCUGUUGAUGGACCUAUCCUCCAGGAAUUUAUCUAGUUCUUUUUUGAACCCUGCAGAGUGAAGGGAUUGUGUUAUUAUUUUGUAGGGUACCAUGUUGACUGGUAAAGAUCGUAGAGAUGCUGGGGGCAUCCAUGCCCACAAGCCCCUGAAGAUGCAGACACUUGGCCCUUCUUGUAUUGAGCAGUGUAACUUACCUAUGGCUGUGGGGGCCGCUCCUCUGUGUUCUGCAGGGAGGCACGGGAGAUGAGUACACUUGGUGCCUCUCUUCCCCAGCUGAGAAAAAUCACCCCAACUCCCCCUAGCACCCAAACACCUUGCUGACCCCAUCUCCCUACACAGAGUCUCUCCAUGCAAAGCCAAUUGCUUCCUGGCCGGCCCAAGGGAGCCACCUCCUGCUGGGUCCCAGCCUGAAGACACGCUCAGGAUCGGGCGGCAGGACGGUGGUUCAGGGCAAGGCAGGAGGGUGGAAUCCUACUAGGGAGGGAGGUUUUGCUGAGACUCCCACCCGCAUUUCCCAGCAGCCAGGAAUCCUCCCAUUCCCUGCUCCAGCAUGGCAGUCCCAGCCUUUAACAUAAGAAUGGCCAUACUGGGUCAGACCAAAGGUCCAUCUAGCCCAGUAUCCUGUCUCUGACAGCGGCCAGUGCCAGGUGCCCCAGAGGGAAUGAACAGACCAGGUAAUCAUCAAGUGAUACAUCCCAUCGCCCAUUUCCAGCUUCUGGGAAACAGAAGCUAGCGACACCAUCCUGCCCAUCCUAGCCAUUGAUGGACCUAUCCUCCAUGAAUUUAUCUAGUUCUUUUUUGAACCCUGUUAUAGUCUUGGACAUCACAACAUCCUCUGGCAAGGAGUUCCACAGGUUGUAUGAAGAAAUACUUCCUUUUGUUUGUUUUAAACCUGCUGCCUAUUAAUUUCAUUUGGUCAACUUUGUCAACUCAUCCACCAAUAUUAACCAUUUCCCUGGUGCCAGCCUCGUUUCCAAGGGUUACAGUGUGUUCUUCUGAUCUGCUCAGUGGCUGCUCAUUAGAUACAGCAAUGCUAUGACUGAUAUCCGGGUGUCUCACAGUGAAGGGGAGCCAGGUCCGGGUAUAAAGCUCGCCUGGAAAAGGCUGUUUCUGCAGCUCUGCUGCUGUGUCCCUCUGUGACUGGGCAAGUCACUUCCCUUCUCGCUCCGUUUCACCUCUGAAAUAGGGACUCUCGCGCUGACUUAGUGCAGAGGCUUCUGUGGGGGAUAAAGUUUGUCUGAUGCCUGGGAAGAGGUCAAGUGUUAAAGAGCUCUGAUAAUGAAACAAGUUCAGCUGUUCUAACUGGAGGCAAGAGGAUGAACGUGAACUUGGACCAGGCAGCUGUAGAGGAGCUAAAUAUUUACUACUAUUAAGCUUCUCUCGCUUUCUUUGCUGGGCAUUUGGUUUUGUUCCACCACGAGGCUGCAGCCUGACGUUGCUGAGUGGAAAGCCUCGAAAUGCAUUUCCCUUUGAGGAUCAAAAUGUGCCCACAGUUGGUAGGUCAAAAUCAGCUCCCACCGCCCUCCGAAAGCACCUGCCAGACAGCUAAGAAUUGAAGAGCUGUGCGUGGCUGGAAAGCUUGUCUCCCCAAUAGCAGCUGGUCCAACAAAAGAUAUUACCUCCCCCACCUUGUCUCUCUAAUCUCCUGGGACCAACACGGCUACAACAACCCUGCCAUCAAGGCAGUUCUGUUCUAUAUACAGGGACAGCGCUGGGGGGGGCUAGUGUCAACCCAAAAUUUGCCUUAGCCCUCCCAGAGCCACCCCUCCCAGAGCUGGGCGCCCAGCCAGCAGCUGCCACCAUCUCUGGCCACCCAGCUCCCGCCGCCAGGGCAGUCUCCCCUUCUGUGAGAAGCUGAUCCAUGGCUAGUGUGGCACUGGGGGAGCUUGCCCAAUGCUAGAAGUGGGCAUUCCCAGGUCGGUCUCUGCUGAGCGGGGAGGCUGAAGGGGGCCUCUGGCUCAGGAGUGGGAGCUGCAGCUGCUUCUGUACUGAACAAGCACUCGGGCUCCUGAGGGCUUGAGUUAAAGACACACUCACACCACACACAGUCUCCCUCUCAGACAGUCUCCCGUACGCACUCCCCCAACACACACACUUUCUCCCUCCCUCCCUCUCUCUCUCUCUCUCUCUCUCACACACACACUCCCUGCAACACACACCAUUUCUCUCGCCCUCACACCCUUGUAUUGUUGUUACUUCUUGGUACUUCCUGUUGAAAUGCGCAAGGCACAUAUAUUCUCUGUCCUUUUAUCUGUCAGAGUUCGUUAAGGAUCACAGUGCUGUUAUUUUAGUUUUUGGACUGGUCUGUGCAUUUCCUAAUUUUAUUUCUCUCUUAUGCUUAAGUUUAAUUCUUUGAGUAGUGAGUGCUAAAAUGCCUAGCUUGUCCUGGCUGGAGUAAUUAUCAUGGUUACAUAUUGUGCUUUGUCAUUUAUUAUUUGAAGCGGUACAGUCAAAUAACAGUAUCCGUCGAGAAUGUAAAUUUAGCUUGUACUCACCUUAGCAAUGCCAGUUUAAAAAAAAAGCUGAACACAGAAUUUCAGACACUGGGCAGAUGAAGGUCGCUUAUUUUCAAAUUGUAUUUUUAUUAUAUCUGUAAAAUAAUUUAAUACGUAUGAAAAUAAAUGCGGUACCAAGUCCGCUACUAAUAGUAAGGACAGAGUCAAAUGUUAGUGAGUCACAUACAUGAUUGUGCUCGGUAAAUGUAAAUGCUGAAUUUAUCCAAAAAAUAAAUUUCUGUUAAUAAAAGAGAAACUUAACCACAUGUUAAAAUUAUGUAAAUAUGUUUAUAGUGGAGUGAGAAACAAUUGACUAAAAUAGAGGAGAUAAUGGCAGUAACACAGAGUGAGUCUGUUAGAGAAAGUAAGCAGAUUUUAAGCAAAUUUUAUUUAUUUUUAUUUAUCUCUACUAUCGAUAGUGUACAAAGUAACAAACGUGUGUUUCUGAGACCUGUGUUAAGGCUCCAAAAUUGACACCUCAAGGUUUGCGAUUGGGAAUAUCUUGCUGUAUUAUCUCCUGAUUGUUUUAAACUUACAUAUAAACUUAAAAUGUGGCUUUAA